AUGCAGGAAAGCAGGACCGUGUCACCUUUAGGACCGGUCGUCCUGCAACGAGAGGAAGUCGAUAUGCGUGCCGGUCUAUCGCUGCCGCCGCAGGAAAGGAGACCCGUACUGCUCGUACGCACCGGCGAAUCAUUCGCGAGAUACGAUAACGUACGGCAACAACAGUCGCCGUCGAGUCCACCGAUCCUACGAUCCGUCACUGCCGUCGAGAAGGAUCAGUAUCGCGACACAGAUUCGCACAUCAGGGAGAAACGGUCCAACGACGAGGAGGAGGAAGAGCAGGACGAGGAGGACGAGGACGAGGCCGACGACGAGCGAAACGCAUCGAGCGGGAGGAACGUUGUUGUGGACGAGGAAGAUGACGAGGAGCAGGAGGAAGAGGAGGAGGAGGAGAGCCAGCUGCCCGAAGGACAUCGAAACGGCAGCUACCACGAGGACGGGGACGUCGAAGUCGACGUGUGCCGUGAGGACGCUGACGAGAGUAAUCCAAGCAGUCCGGUGGAUCUCACGGCGCCCUCGUCGAGGGGCGUCUCAUCCGAGCAAUUCGUUCAUCCGUUCGCCAACCGCGUACAUUCUUUUACCUGUGUACAAAGUGGCGGCCACGGGCCCGCCGGUCACGGAACACCAGUGUAUAUAUCCGGGCACGGCGCUACCGGCUCGGCCGUCAUGACGGUCACGGUGCAGACCAACAACAAGCGGUGCCUCGCAUUCUCCGUCGAGAAUAUCCUCGAUCCGAACAAGUUUACCGGUGGCCGUGUCGUCCAUAAUCGUGUACAGCAUCGUCGACAUCGGCGCGCCGGCAGCGUGCACGAAGACGGCGACUCGCGAGGCGAAUUCGCCUGCGGCAGCGGCCAAGAGGAUGAGGAAGGUACACCGGAUACCAUCAUGGAGGAAAUGGAAGAAGACGCCGAGGAGGAAGAAGAGGACGAGGAGAUUGAAAUGCGAGUCGUGGAUCAGGAUUCUGGACGGGAAAAUACAACCGGCGGCGGCACCAACACGGCCGCAUCGAACUGCAAGAAACGACAAUCCUCGUCGUCGUCAUCCACAUCGUCGAGCGGCGUUCAGGUACAAAAUUGCCAGGGUCAAAACGGACAAAACGGUACUGGCGGUGGCGGUGGCGGCGGCAACGGCGGUGGCGGUGGUGGCGGCGGCGGCGGCGGCGGCGGCGGCGGCGGAGGUGGCGGAAGUAACAGUAAUACCAGCGGCAAACCCAGAAGAGCGCGGACAGCCUUCACGUACGAGCAGUUGGUCAGGCUAGAGAACAAGUUCAAGACGACCAGAUACCUGUCCGUGUGCGAACGUCUGAAUCUGGCGCUCGAGCUGCAGCUGACUGAGACCCAGGUGAAGAUCUGGUUCCAGAACCGGCGGACCAAGUGGAAGAAGCAGAACCCCGGUCUGGACGUGAACAGUCCUACCGUGCCGACGACGCCGCCGCAUCCGUCGCCGUACGCACCCGCCUUUCUCUUCGCCGCUCAUCCUCAUCAGCACCCGUUGCCGCACUCGCACGCGCAUCCACAUCCGCACGCUCACGUACACCACCCGCCGCCGCCGGUGCCGCCGCCGCCGCCCGGAUACUACCACCCAGCGGCCCCACCUUACCCGCCGACCGGACCGACCUUCUUCGGCCAUCAUCUGUCGGCGACUCCUGCUGCGACUGCGUCAGGCCCGCCGCCGACCUCUACGCCUUCCUCCACCGGCCUGGCUCUUUCGUCUCAUCCGCAUCCGCACACGCAUCCGCACGCGUAGCGAAUUCGGCGAUG